CAGAAGGGAAGGGUCGAGUUUCAAGGAAAUAUCUGCCGCCAGCGCUCAACUAAAAUCUUCACAUUUAGAUUGCAUGCCUCUGAGUUCAGAUUCGGAUCAGGCAUGUCUGUCAUCAAGACCGUGGCGCUGCUGAGUUUGCUGACCAUCUAUGAAGUUGUCAGUGUGGGGGAUCAAGUUGGAGAUCGAUGUCGCUGCAUCAAUAAGGAGACGAAGCCCAUCGGACGUCACAUAGCAAUGCUGGAGGUGAAGCCUCAAAACUCUCAUUGCCCGGAACCUGAGAUCAUUGCCACCCUGAAAAGGGACGGACAAAGGGUUUGCCUGGAUCCCAAAGCUCCGUGGGUCAGAAAAGUACUGGAGAGGACAAAUGCAACGCAGACAACAUGAAGAAAAAAAAAAACCUUCACUGAUUUGCUUCAAGCUGAAAAGAAGAUAAGAUUUCAUCAUCACCACAUGCAUCAGGAGCCUGGGUGGCAACGAUGAAAUAUAAAGUGUGUUUUAUUGCAUGUAUAUGGCCGCUGUGAUUUACAGCAGAUGUGUGAAGAUCAUUUCCUGGCUGAAAGCCAUGAUGACACAAACUUAUGGCCAGAACAAUAGAAUAAACAUCAUGACUCUGCUUUACUAUUUAAUAGUUAUUGGAUAUAUAAUUAAAUGCUUGUUAAACGUGAAUCAGGGUUUUUCAAAAAAAUUAAAACUAAAAAUAAAAAAUGAUACACUGACGAGUUAAUGAGCAACAAAUGCGCACAUCCUGUUUUGUUCCUGUUUUUGUAGCAUACAGCAAAAAAAAUGAGGUCGCAGGCUGAAUAUCAAUGCGAGUUGCAGAACAGAAUGACACUGGGAGAGUACAGUCUUUUGUGUCUCGCGCUCCGUUGCUUUACAGGUCAUCUUCAGUUCUUGUUUGAUGGUAGAGCUUGAUUUCAACACCUUAAGUCAUGGCCAUGCUUGAGUUAGCAUGAAAUAUGCAUUUCAUUUUCCCCAACCCUUACAAAAGACCAAUCUGUCACUUUCUUUCUAGAUAAUCGCUGCCUUUCUGUGUAUUUCUAUACUAACAAGCAAGAAAAUGUUAGUCACAUUGAAAAAUGCUUUUCUGUGAUUUUGCACUCUGAGAAAUAAAAAAAAAUGCCUCUGAAGGA